GAGAGCUCAUAGUGGGGCAGGCAGAGUGAGAAAGACCCAGCAGCAGGCUGAGCUUUUAAAACACCAGAGGAGACUAUAAAAACUGCUCCAUGCCCCGCUGCUGGAGCGGACCUCAGAGAGGAGGAGAAGGGAGGACAGCAGUCUUCUCACAGUUCAUCCUGUGUUUAGUUUAGUUUUUUCUCACAGGAGUGAAAUCACUCUGCUCUGCGAAGACAGUUUAGUUAUUUCCACUCAGUGAUUAGGAUGCGCGUCUUCUGCGGCUCUGCUUCAGUUUGACGCAUCUGAGGCGCACUGAGCGGACCAAGAGUUGGACUCCUUAUUAGAAACUGUUCCGCUCAGUAGUUUAAAUUCUCCACUUUAAAAAUGGGAUCGCACAGGUUAGAAGCGCUAAUCAGGAAAAGUUUGCAGUGGACGGUGCUGAUCCUCUGGCUGUCCACGUUUGUUAACGGGACCUGGAAGACUGGACUUUACAAAGGAUAUUCAGCUGGAGCGCAGAAAGCAGCCGCUCACACCUCAAUCUAUCAGAAAAGGAACUGGUGUCCUCACACAGUAACUAAGACGGUGACCUGCCAGGUACAGAAUGGGACAAUCCUCCAGCGGGUCUACCAGACCUGCCGCUGGCCACAGGGAUGCUCAGGAGGCAGCUAUAAGACAGUUGUGAGACCAUCGUACAAAGUGGUGUACCGCACUGUGACCUCGCUUGAGUGGAAAUGCUGUCCAGGAUUUAGUGGCACUGCAUGUGCAGAAGAUCCAGGGAACCAGGCCUUAGCUCAAGAGGCUGUCAGGAGAGCAUCCACAUCAAGGCGUCCGCCAGCGCGCACAGGAGAAUCUAUCUUAAGUUGUCUCAACUGCAGUAGAAUCACAGCUUUAAGCGAAAAACUCAACUCACUGGAGGCAAAGGUUCAAUUGCUCACAGUACCAGAGAGCAUAUCACAUCGCCAUCUUCAAAGUAAAGGGGGAACUGCUCCAGAGACCUCGCUGCUGAUGGGAGCAGUCUCAGCUCAAGGAGCCCCUGGUGAGCGGGGACCUGCAGGUCCUCAGGGUGAAAAGGGCAGAGAUGGACUUCCUGGCAGAGAUGGAAAGCCAGGAACUCGAGGGCUGCCAGGUCCCAAUGGGGCUCCAGGAGAGGUUGGAGCAAGGGGUCCCCCAGGAGCUCCUGGAUUGAAGGGACCUCCAGGACCAGCAGGGCCCCGCGGUCCACCCGGACUCCCAGGAGAGAGAGGGCUGCCAGGGCCACCUGGGCCUCCAGGCCCACCAUCCCCAGUUAGCGCCCGCAUCCCAGAACCAGACCACAAUCAUGGAAAAGAUCCCUUCUUCACCAACACUUUCCAUGACUCAAGAGGUUUGCCUGUUCCAGGACCUGAGGGUCCUCCCGGGCCUGUCGGUCCCCCAGGUCCCAGAGGCCCAGGAGGCCCUCCUGGCCCAUCAGGAAAGAAUGGGAGCCCUGGAACACCUGGGGCACCAGGCCCAGUCGGACCAAAAGGAGAUCGAGGGGAAAGAGGUCCUUCCGGUUAUCCAGGAGAAAGAGGCUUCAGAGGAGAGCCGGGAGCGCCAGGGCCAAAAGGAGAGCCAGGGGAGAAGGGCUUGCCGGACAUUAGCUUGCAGAUGUUCCAAGACUUGCAGGCAGACCUUGAGCUUCUAGCUCGCAGGGUGACACUGUUGGAGGCUAUCAUCUGGCCAGAACCUGAUCUAGGGUCUGGGGACGAACCGUUCGGCACAUCUUCUCCUAGUUUCUACAGAGAUAAGCGAGCAGGUGCACAUCCACAUCGACUUGCUUCUCCUCUGUUUCCUGACACCAACGCCCGAGGGAAGUAGCUCCCCUAUCCUUCACACCAACCCUGAGGAUCACAGACUGGGCCUUCCCCUCCAACAGGUCUAUCACCAGUAUUCAGCUCAUACAGACCUUAUCCAGUGGCCAGUCUGGGCUUUUAUCACAUGGAUAAAAACGGAGGACACCUCAGGGAAACUCAACUGAAGCUUCAUGACACCCUGCUACAUCAGCAACCUGAGAACUGAUUUGAUUUCCCUCUCAUACUGAAUCUUGUGUGUUUCAUUCUUUUUUUUAGCUACAGUAUAGAGCUAAAGACAAUGCGUCGGUAACAAUGCUUAAUCAGUUACAUCUUCAUUCUAGGUCAUCAUGGUAGGGAGACAAACUGUUCCAGACAACAGGGGUCAAUUUGAAGAAAUGAAAAGCGGAAAUAAUUCUUCUGCUUUCAUAAUAUGUUUGCAAACUGAAGGGGGUUAAUUAUUUAAGAACUAUGACUUGUACAGUCUUCAUUACAGAAUUAUAAACCUCCCUUCUCCUCUAGUAGUCGUUUUCUAAACUUUCAUCUUAUUGUUUAACUCAGUGUUAUGUAGUGCACUAAACAGAUGAAGUCAUCUCUAUUCAAUGUGUUUUUAAUUAGUGAUUUGUAGUUUCUUGCUUUUUUUUUUGUCCCCUGAAAUGUUUCGUGACUGAUUUGACAUAAAAUCUGCACAAACAUUGGCGUCUGUGUUACAUGGUGCUGCAGUCUGAAACUAAACGUGCUGAAAUGAAAACACGUUUUGCAGAUCCAGUUAUUCAAACUUGAACACUGUUGUGUUGUAUAACUGCUAAAACUGCUCUGAUGAAAAAAAAAAUUAAAUACAUUUUUUUUUUCA